AUAUAGCACAUAACUUGUAUAUAUUACAUGCAUUUUUAAGUUGUAGCACACACAGAGAAAGCUUGUCAGUACACAGCAAUGGCUGCAGUAUAGCAGCCUCUCUCUUUCUCUCUCUCUCUCCCUCUCUCUCUCUCUCUCUCUCUUUCUUGUCCUCUGUGGUGACUCCACGCCCUCCGUCCCCAAUCCUCUGUGGUGAAGCUGGUUUGGGAUUGUUCUUAGUUUAUUCUGAUUUACGGUUGAUUGAAAUCCGGCCUGCAAUGAUGAACAUGAGCAACCUGAAGUUGGGGGUGGAUGUGAUAAGUGCACAUAACCUUCUACCUAAAGAUGGGCAAGGUUCAUCCAACGCUUUCGUGGAACUCUACUUUGAUGGCCAGAAAUUUCGGACUACGAUCAAGGAAAAAGAUCUGCAUCCUGUAUGGAACGAGAGUUUCUACUUCAACAUAUCUGAUCCUUCGACCCUCCAUGUUCGUGCACUCGAAGCAUAUGUCUAUAACACCAUAAGAUCAACUCAGUCGAGGUCGUUUCUUGGGAAGGUUACGAUUAGUGGAACCUCGUUCGUGCCUUUGCCAGAUGCUGUUGUGUUGCACUAUCCUCUCGAGAAGCGCAGCGUGUUCUCACACGUGAGGGGGGAGCUUGGACUUAAAGUGUAUGUUACCAAUGAUCCAUCCAUAAAGUCGUCUACGCCUAUUUCUGGAGAUAAUAACAUUGCUCAUCAAGUGCUGCAUAGCCAAUCAGUUCAAAGCCCGGUUUCUGAAGUGGUUAGUCAUGUCAAAUCUGAAGCGAGGCACACUUUCCAUCAUCUCCCGAACCCCAAUCACCCCCAGCAGCAUCACGAGCCCCCUCCCGUUCCAAUCCCUCAUCGCGAUCAGGUGCCUCGUGACCAGGAAACAAAAUAUGAUGCUGGUGAAAUGAAGGCUGUUGAGCCACGGCCUCCCAAGCUAGUCCACGUGCACUCAACUUCAAUGGCGCAGCCUGUUGAUUAUGCGCUCAAGGAGACUAGCCCGUUCCUCGGGGGAGGGAGAGUUGUGGGGGGUCGUGUCAUUCGUACAGACAGGACAGUUGGGUGUACUUAUGAUCUCGUCGAGAAGAUGUACUUCCUGUUUGUUCGAGUUGUCAAGGCUCGGGAGCUCCCUGCAAUGGACGUUACAGGGAGUUUGGAUCCUUUCGUCGAGGUGAGAGUUGGGAACUACAAAGGAAUCACUAACCACAUCGAGAAACAACAGAAUCCUCACUGGAAUGUGGUGUUUGCCUUCUCGAGGGAAAGAAUGCAAGCAUCAGUACUCGAAGUCGUAGUGAAAGACAAAGAUCUUGUUAAGGACGAUUUCGUAGGCAUUGUGAGAUUUGAUCUCAACGAGGUCCCAAUGCGUGUUCCACCGGAUAGCCCUCUGGCUCCAGAAUGGUACCGCCUCGAGGAAAAGAAGGGAGGGAAGAUAAAAGGCGAGUUAAUGUUAGCUGUCUGGCUAGGCACACAAGCAGACGAGGCGUUUCCUGAUGCUUGGCACUCUGAUUCAGCUUUAUCCAUCAGCACAGCUGCAUCCACUCUCAUACGCUCUAAAGUGUAUCACGCCCCUCGGUUGUGGUAUGUUCGAGUUAACGUUGUCGAGGCUCAGGACUUAUUCCCAACCGAGAAGAACCGCUUCCCUGAUGUAUUUGUGAAGGCACAGAUAGGAAACCAAGUGAUGAAAACCAAGCCAGUACAAGCCCGGUCUUUUAACCCCCUAUGGAACGAGGAUCUCUUGUUUGUUGCUGCUGAACCGUUUGAGGAUCACCUCGUGCUGACAGUGGAGGAUCGCGUGGGUCCAGGCAAAGACGAGAUCCUGGGAAGGGCUAUCAUACCCUUGAGUGCAGUGGAGAGGCGGGCUGAUGAUCGUAUGAUUCCCUCUAGGUGGUUUCACCUCGAAAAGCCAGUAGCUGUGGAUGUUGAUCAGCUAAAAAAGGACAAAUUCUCGAGCAGACUUCACCUCAGACUGUGCCUCGAUGGAGGCUACCAUGUUCUCGACGAGUCCACUCAUUACAGCAGUGAUCUUCGCCCCACUGCUAAACAGCUCUGGAAGCCCCCAAUUGGCAUCCUCGAGCUUGGAAUCCUAAAUGCAGUCGGUCUUCACCCCAUGAAAACCCGGGAAGGGAAGGGCUCAUCAGAUACAUAUUGCGUGGCAAAGUAUGGUCAUAAGUGGGUUAGAACAAGAACAGUUGUGGACAACCUUUUUCCCAAGUACAACGAGCAGUAUACCUGGGAGGUGUUUGAUCCCGCGACUGUUCUCACUGUUGGAGUGUUCGAUAACAGCCAGCUAGGAGACAAAGGCCCCAAUGGUAGUAGCAGCAACAAAGACCUCAAGAUUGGAAAGGUUAGAAUUCGAAUUUCCACACUCGAAACAGGUAGGGUUUACACACAUUCUUACCCUUUACUAGUCCUCCACCCCACUGGUGUCAAGAAAAUGGGAGAAUUGCAUCUGGCGAUUCGUUUUACCUGCACGUCUUUCGUGAACAUGCUUUACAUAUACUCGCGCCCCCUCUUGCCUAAGAUGCACUACGUGAGGCCUUUCACGGUUAUGCAGCUCGAUGUGCUGAGGCACCAGGCUGUGAACAUAGUGGCAGCUCGAUUGGGGCGUGCUGAGCCUCCUCUGAGGAAGGAGGUAGUGGAAUACAUGUCUGAUGUGGAUUCACACCUCUGGAGUAUGCGUCGUAGCAAGGCUAAUUUCUUCCGGAUGAUGUCUGUUUUCUCGGGGGUGUUUGCUGUUGGGAAAUGGUUUGGAGACAUCUGUAUGUGGAGGAACCCCAUUACGACUGUGCUCGUGCACAUACUCUUCCUCAUGCUCGUUUCGUUCCCCGAGCUCAUCUUGCCCACGGUUUUCCUCUACAUGUUCCUGAUAGGGGUGUGGAACUACAGGUAUCGCCCCCGGUAUCCACCCCACAUGAACACGAAGAUAUCCCAAGCUGAAGCAGUGCACCCCGACGAGCUGGACGAGGAGUUUGACACAUUCCCCACGAGCCGCAACCCUGAAGUGGUGAGGCUAAGGUACGACCGCCUCAGGAGCGUGGCUGGUCGCAUUCAGACUGUCGUGGGCGACGUUGCAACUCAGGGUGAACGGUUUCAGUCUCUGCUGAGCUGGCGUGACCCCCGGGCCACAGCCAUCUUUGUCACGUCUUGCUUAGUAGUAGCACUCGUGCUGUAUGUUACUCCUUUCCAGAUUAUUGCAGCCCUGAUUGGCAUAUACGCGAUGAGGCACCCGAGGUUUCGUUACAGGCUGCCCUCGGUGCCUAUCAACUUCUUCCGUCGCCUGCCCGCCAGGACAGAUAGCAUGCUGUAAUCUGCAGGAUGAAUGUUUUGUGGUUUUAGUCCUAAGACUGAUAGGCUGAAUGUUUUGGGGUACAUGAUUCUGGUUUUAGGUCCUAUGUUUAUGUUUUGUGUGUUUAAUGUAGUCCUGUUUUGGUCUUGGAGGGGAUGCCAUUAGGAGGCAUGUUCAAGAUCACAGUAACCCUUUCUGUUAAGCUUUUCUUUUUCUGCUCUCUUGUUGUAUAAACCUUCUGUUUAUGCCAAUGUUUCUCAUGCCAUUUUGUGUAA